CCACGGGUUCCAAAGUAAAUAGAAAGGAAGUCGCUAAAUUAUCCUCACCGAAUUGGAGGAAACUGGCCGAAACAAAAAAAAACAAAUAUGUAAUUCGUGCGCAUAAUGCCUCAAAACGUGAUUUAUCAAAUAACGUUUUUGACUCUAGUCCUGAUAACUUGUUGGACGCCACUUACACUGUACCUGAGCCUACGGAAUCUUUAACAGUUUCUGAGUCCGAAUAUAGAAAACUUGAACACUCGUCUUUUGAUGUUCUUGCACCUUUUACUGAUGAAGAAGUCUCCUUGCUUUACAAAUACGGAUAUCGAUUCGACGAAUUUAAUAAUUUCUAUUUCCAUUAA